AAAAAUUCGAGUGUGAUGUAAGCUUGGACCUUAAAUCCUACUGAAUAGCUAUUAAUCUUCUUCCCCUUAUGCAAUUUCAAAUUACCGGUAUUGAAAUCAGCCUCCUCCAUUUUGAAAAUGAUGACAGGGGAAGUGUCACUCAUGACGUCACGAGUUUGACCAGGCGGUAAUACUAAGCAUGCGCUAAUUAUUUUGGGAAUUGAGUUUGACCCGGCAGUAAUUCAAGGCAGGUGCAUACUAUAUUACAUAUAUGUAUAUAUAUAUACAUUUACAUACAUAUUGUACAAGAAAAACAAUUUGUUUAUAUUUUUUAAAUCCAUCCAUCCAUUUUGAAAAUGAUGACUCGACUAAGAAUUGCAAUUUAGAUGUGAGUGGAUAUCUUUGUGCGUCGUGCUCGUCUGCCACUUUGCUCCCGUACUGUACCUUUAAAAAAGUAGGCCUUCUCCUUGCCGAUGUGACUCGGCGCCGGCACGGCAAAGGCGGCGUCGAUGUCGUCGGGCAUGCCGUCAAAGCCCUCGGAAAUGUCCAAAGGAAAGCCCUCGUCCAAGACGUCGCCCUCGAACCUCCAGUACUGUCGUCCCUGAGGACGCCGCCAGCCGUCAGGUGGGACUGUCUUCUCCGGACAACAGGCGCGCCUACCUUGAAAAUGUACGUCUUUCCCUGGCAGUUGAUGCGUGUGAAGGCGGCAUCGAUGGGCCCCGCCAUCCCCCACACGUCCUGGAUUAGUUUCGGGUAACCAGGAAGCACGGCUUUGUCGUCCAGUUCAAAGAAAUAUUCGCCUGAAAGAACGCCAGGAAGACAAACGUGCUAAUGUGCUAAUUUGUUAUUAGCAUGUAAGAUGCAAGUAGGGGUUAGGGGGGCACCUCUGAAGGCGUACACCGAUCCAUUCUUCAGCUGCAGGAAGGCGUCAAAGGGCCGCGCACUGCAGGCCGCCGCGUCUCUGUCUGUGGGCGGCGCUGUGGUGGCGUUUGACGGCGUCCCCGUCUGUGUUGGCCACACGCUGGGGACCUCUGUCGUGAUGGCGCUCGCCAUCUCGGUUGGGACGAGCAUGUCGAGAGGCGUCUCCUCUGUGGGCUGCUCGUCUUCGUCCUCGCUGAACACGUCACCACGCACUGGGGCCACCCACAACACCAGUGUGAAGGACACACAAUUGAAGGAGACAAUUGAAGGAAACAAAUGAAGGACACAUUUGUAGGAAAUAAAUGAAGGACACAAUUGAAGGAAAAAAAUGAAGGACACAUUUGAAGGAAACAAAUGAAGGACACAUUUGAGGGAAUCACAAAUAAAGGAAAAAGUAUUGAAAUACACAAUAGAAGGAGACACAUGAAGGACACAUUUGAGAGACGAACACAAAGGACACAAAUGAAGGAGGCAAAUGAAGGACACAAUGGAAUGACAUUUUUGAGGGACAAAAACGAAGGACACAAAUGAAGGGAACACAUUUGAGGGAAUCACAAAUAAAGGGAAAACUAUUGAAAUACACAAUUGAAGGAGACAAAUGAAGGACACGUCUGAGAGACAAACAUGAAGGACACAAUUGAAGAACACAUUUGAGGGACGAACACGAAGGACACAAAUGAAGAACACAUUUGAGGGACACGUUUGAGAGACAAACAUGGACACAAUUGAAGAACACAUUUAAGGGACACGUUUGAGAGACAAACAUGAAGGACACAAUUGAAGAACAGAUUUAAGGGACAAACACGAAGAACACAAAUGAAGGACAUAAUCGAAGAACACAUUUGAGGGAAUCACAAAUAAAGGAAAUACUAUUGAAAUACACAAUUGAAGGAGACAAAUGAAGGACACAUUUGAGAGACAAACACAAAGGACACAAAUGAAGGACACAAUUGAAUAACAUUUUUGAGGGACAGACACGAAGGACACAAAUGAAGGGAACACAUUUGAAGGAAUCACAAAUAAAGGAAAAACUAUUGAAAUACACAAUUGAAGGAGACAAAUGCAGGACACGUUUGAGAGACAAACAUGAAGGACACAAUUGAAGAUAUUUGAGGGACAAACACGAAGGACACAAAUGAAGGGGAACACAUUUAAGGGAAUUUCAAAUAAAGGAAAAACUAUUGAAAUACACAAUUGAAAGAGACAAAUGAAGGACACGUUUGAGAGACAAACACGAAGGACACAAAUGAAGGACACAUUUGAGGGACAAACACAAAGGACACAAAUGAAGGGAACACAUUUUAAGGAAUCACAAAUAAAGGAAAAACUGUUGAAAUACACAAUUGAAGGAGACAAAUAAAGGACACUUUUGAGGGACAAACACAAAGGACACAAAUGAAGGGAACUCAUUUGAGGGAAUCACAAAUAAAGGAAAAACUAUUGGAAUACACGAUUGAUGGAGACAAAUGAAGGACACAUUUGAGAGACAAACACAAAGGACACAAAUGAAGGACACAAUUGAAGAACACAUUUGAGGGACACAAAUGAAGGAAACACUUUUGAGGGAAUCACAAAUAAAGGAAAAACUAUUGAAAUACACAAUUGAAGGAGACACAUGAAGGACACAUUUGAGAGACAAACACAAAGGACACAAAUGAAGGAGGCAAAUGAAGGACACAAUUGAAUAACAUUUUUGAGGGACAAACACGAAGGACACAAAUGAAGGUAACACAUUUGAGGGAAUCACAAAUACCGGAAAAACUAUUGAAAUUUAAACUAUUGAGACAAAUGAAGGACACAUUUGAGAGACAAACACAAAGGACACAAAUGAAGGACACAAAUGAAGAACACAUUUGAGGGACAAACACGAAGGACAGAAAUGAAGGGAACACAUUUGAGGGAAUCACAAAUAAAGAAAAACUAUUGAAAUACACAAUUGAAGGAGACAAAUGAAGGACACGUUUGAGAGACAAACACAAAGGACACAAAUGAAGAACACAUUUGAGGGACAAACACGAAGGACAGAAAUGAAGGGAACACAUUUGAGGGAAUCACAAAUAAGGAAAAACUAUUGAAAUACACAAUUGAAGGAGACAAAUGAAGGACACGUUUGAGAGACAAACACAAAGGACACAAAUGAAGGACACAAUUGAAGAACAUUUUUCAGGGACACAAAUGAAGGGAACACAUUUGAGGGAAUCUCAAAUAAAGGAAAUACUAUUGAAAUUCACAAUUGAAGGAGACAAAUGAAGGACACAUUUGAGAGACAGACACAAAGGACACAAUUGAAGAACACAUUUGAGGGAGGACAAACACGAAGGACACAAAUGAAGGGAACACAUUUGAGGGAAUCACAAAUAAGGGAAAAACUAUUGAAAUACUUAAAUUAAGGGCACAAAUGAAGGAAAUAAAUUAAGGACACAAAUGAAGGACACAUUUGAGGGACAAACACAAAUGACACAAUUAAAUGACAAAUGAAGUAGACAAAAGAGUUACACAAUUUAGGACACAAAUUAAGGAUACAAUUAAGGGACGCAAAUUACGGAAACAAUUGAAGGUCACAAAUGAAGGGAACAAUUGAAAGACACAUUUGAGGGACAAAUACGAAGGACACUUUAAAACGACACAAAUGAAGUAGGCAAAAGAGCGACACACAUGAAAGAAACAAUUGAAGGACACAAUUUAAGGACAUAAAUGAAGAACACAAAUGAAGGAAACAAUUGAAGGACGCAAAUGAAGGACACACAAAUGAAGUCAAGCUGUUUUGGGGCUGACCUUUCCUGGGACAGCUGCUGUCAAAGUUGGGACAACAACUUCCGUAGUAAACACACAUGGAAUCACACUGACACUUCCUGUUUGGAUCAAAGGACCCACAGCGGCCAUCACACGUUUCUGCACACACAACGUCACCACUACAGCAACAACAACAACAACAACACAACAACAACAAGAAGGCAAAGCGGACUCACCCUCUGCGGCCGAGAUGGCGUCCAUCAUCAGCGCCAGGCCCAGCAGGCCCAGCAGGCCCAGCAGGAGCAGCGUCCUCGUCUCCUUCAUGGCCAACAACAACAACAACAACAACAGCUGAAAGUCAACGAGAGAAGAGCAGCAGCAGACGAGCGGUCAAAGCUGCCGGCAGCCGCUCGAUUAAAAGCCGCUAUUGAUCGUGUCGGACCAAGCGCUCUCAUUGGUUGGCAGUGAUGAGCAGCCAUGGCUGGCAGGUCAAAGGUCACGAGUAGGAUGUUUGUUUGUGACACGACAAUGUUCUAGGAACUCACGGACAUGAUGAGCACCAGGAAGAUGAACGCUGCUUUUCAAAAAUACAUAAAAGAAGUUCAAGUGGUUCGGCAAAUGUGUCACGUGAUCAGAUUUGGGAGUCAUGUGAUGAGGAAGUCCCGUCACCUUUCUGCUGAGUCAGCUGCAUCACACUGGAGGGAGGCACGUUGCGGCUACACCAUCCUCCUGAUGGCGCUCUUCUGGUGCACCGAGUGUUUACCCCUGGCAGUGACGGCCUUGCUGCCCGUGGUCCUCUUCCCCAUGAUGGGCAUCAUGCAGGCCGGACAGGUGAGCAUCGAGUACCUGAAGGACACCAACAUGCUCUUCAUCGGUGGACUGCUGGUGGCCAUCGCGGUGGAGCAGUGGAACCUCCACAAGCGCAUUGCUCUGCGCGUCCUGCUGCUGGUGGGCGUGCGGCCGGCCCUGCUGAUGAUGGGCUUCAUGAUGGUGUCGGCCUUCCUCUCCAUGUGGAUCAGCAACACGGCCACCACCGCCAUGAUGCUGCCCAUCGCCCACGCCGUGCUGCUGCAGCUGAAGGCCACCGAGCUCGGGUCCGAGCACCGAGACAACCGCGCCAUGGAGCUGGAGACCACGGCGCCACAGCAGGAAAUGGCGGAUGAUAAAGGGACGGACGCCUCGCGGGAGGACGGCGCGUUGGACCGGAAUCCAGAACCGGAGCAGGAGUCCAGCAGGACGUUGGCAGAGGAGCAGUUCGAGCAGUUGUCCAAAGGAAUCAGUCUCAGCGUUUGUUACUCGGCCAGCAUCGGAGGCACGGCCACGCUGACCGGAACCACGCCCAACCUCAUCCUCAAGGGUCAAAUCGACAAGCUCUUUCCCGACAACGACGACGUCAUCAACUUCGCCAGCUGGUUCGGCUUCGCCUUCCCCAACAUGGUCCUGAUGCUGGUUAUGUCCUGGUUCUGGCUGCAGUUCAUGUUCCUGGGCUUCAAUUUGCGGCGCACGUUCGGCUGCGGCGCGGCAGGCGGGCGGGACCGGGAGGCGUACGCCGUCAUGAAGGAGGAGUACAGGAAGUUGGGCGGGAUGAAGUUCGCCGAGGGGGCGGUGCUUGCCGUCUUCGUGCUGCUGGUCCUGUUGUGGUUCAGCAGGGAGCCGGGCUUCAUCGACGGCUGGGCCACCGUGCUCUUCAACAAGCAGGGCCCCUUUGUGUCGGACGGGACCGUCGCCAUCUUCAUUUCCCUGCUCUUCUUCGUCAUUCCCUCCCGGUUACCGCGCUGCGGAGGCUACGGCUGCGACGACACAGGCAAGGCGGUGAACGCCCCCGCCACGCUGCUCAACUGGCAGGUGGUCCACGAGCGGAUGCCCUGGAACAUCGUGCUGCUGCUGGGGGGAGGCUACGCGCUGGCCACAGGAAGCGAGGUGUCGGGUCUCUCCACGUGGCUCGGCCAGAGUCUGGCGCCGCUGCAGAACAUCCCGCCCUUCGCCAUCUCUCUGCUGCUCACCCUGCUGGUGGCGACCUUCACGGAAUGUUCCAGCAACGUGGCCGCCACCACGCUCUUCCUGCCCAUCCUGGCCUCCAUGGCCAUCACCAUCAAGAUCCACCCGCUGUACGUGAUGCUGCCCUGCACCAUCGCCGCCUCGCUGGCCUUCAUGCUGCCCGUGGCCACGCCUCCCAACGCCAUCGCCUUCUCCUUUGGGAACCUCAAAGUCAUGGACAUGGUCAAGGCUGGCUUAAUGUUGAACGUCAUCGGAAUCCUGACCAUCAACGUUGGCAUCAACACCUGGGCCUUCGCCAUGUUCGACAUGGGCACCUUCCCCUCGUGGGCCAACGUCACCCUGGAUUAGCGAGGACGCGCGUGAAAAUGAACAAUGGACAGUAAGACAGUGACGCUGUCGGUUUUUUUCUAUUCUAUUGUCUCUAUUGUAGGUUUUUUAUAUUUCAUACAGAGCAGUGAUUGAAUGCUGUGAUGUUUGUGUAGGAAUAAAUUGGAAAAUGAUCAAUUUUUAAGCA